GUCUCGAUGAUUUCACUUCGUCCAGUGGCUGUGAAAUGGCGGCGCUCGUCCUCCUGUUCUUCUUCCAUCUGAUUCUGGACAUUCGCUCUCAAAAUGUUCCUCAGCUGCUCGUGUCUCCUGAAGUUCUCACAGAGAGAGGAUCAGUGGAGCUUCACUGUUCUGUUCCACACAAUGUUAAAGUGUCUCGGUGUUCUUUCUACCCAGAGGGAGACGACACAAAUAUUAAACUCUCUCCAUCUCCAUCAUGUCGGCUCUCAGUCACUGGUUUUGAUCUGAUCAGGUGGACAGGACGCAGCUCUCCUGGAACACUUCGGAUUAUUUGUUUCUAUGCGUUGGAUAACUCUGUUCGUUCUCCUUCUCCUCACUCUCGCCCAGCUCCAGUCACAGUGCUGAAUCAGAAACCAGUGCUAAGCGUCGUUUAUGAUAAUCAGUCUGAUGAAUUCAGAUUUGUGUGUGAAAUCCCAGGGUCAGAGUCAGUAACUGCUGAUUUGAGCUGUAAUCUCUACACUGGAGAAAAAACUCCGCUUUUCCAAAACCAAAGAUCUCAAAAGAGUACAUCUGGGAAGGCGGAUUGUAUUUUUCCAGCACAGAGAAAUGAUGUGUUUAAUCGUCUGCAGUCAGUAAAGAGUCGUGAAGUGAGCUGUGAUUAUUCAGUGACCGCUGACCCGACUGCUCGCUCUCCGAUGAGUGAGAAAUACAACAUGAUGCAUUUCUUUCCUGAAACACCACAGCGGCCCACAACUAAACCCUCCCCGACUGGUUUUUCUUCUCCCUCAACAACGUCGUCCACAACGAAAGAGAAAACGAGAGCAGAGUCUCAUGGACCAUCAACUCCAACCACAGACAGAAAGAAACCGACUGCAGGUUUUUCUUCUCCCUCAACAACGUCGUCCACAACUAAAGAGAAAACGAGAGCAGAGUCUCAUGGACCAUCAACUCCAACCACAGACAGAAAGAAACCGACUGCAGGAUCUUUGUCGGUGCUGCUGCCGUCAGUCCUCGGUGUCUGUGUUUUACUGGCUGGAAUGAUGAGUGUCUGUCUCUGCAGCUUUAUCAGGAAGCAGACGGCUGAGAGACGCAAAAUGGACUUGACCCAAGGUGAUCAGGAUGGUGAUGAGGUUUACACAGAGGUGAUGUACACACUCUCCUCUCAGCAGCUCUCUGAGGAAACGCAGCUCCUUUCAGCUGUUCAGCUGUUCAGAUGUUUUUCCACAUUUGGUGUUUGGUGUCCUUCACACUGCUCAACUUUAUUCAGCUGGGAUGGUGAUGAGAUUUACACAGAGGUGAUGUACACACUCUCCUCUCAGAGGAAACGUGGCUCCUUUCAGCUUCCUCUGAAUGAUGGACCCUGAACAGGACGCGCUGCUUCUCUUCUGCACCAAAUUCAUCUCAGUUCACUUUGACUCGUUCACUUUAUCAACACAUCUUUACAAGGAGUUACAUCUUUUUAUCUGAUGGUGGUGGUGUGAUUUUAAAAUAUUUCUGAGAUAAGCUCACGUCUCCAUCAAGCAGUUGUGCUUUUACAGAAUUAAAUUAUUACAACAACUCCAGCACCGUGGUUCAGAGAUUUUAUUCCUUUAAUCUGUUUCACAGUUUCUGUUGAAAUGAUGAAGAAAAAAUAUGAUUAAAGUUCAGCCAGAGAAAUGGGAAGAAAUGAUGAACACAGUCGUUAUGUCUGCGUGUGUUGGUGCUUUGAGUGCACAGCGUGUAACACAAGGACUAAUCACCAUGCACCUGUUCCAGAUAAGAACACAAUCACAGCACACUCUUAUAAGGAUUCUGACAACACACACACACACACACACACAGAGUACCACCAAGUAUCUCACGUUACCAAACCUGAGAUUCCAUGUUGAUCCUCUGGUUCUUGACUUUGUGUCCAGUUUUCUCGACCCUGCUGAGUAUUACCUCCGAUAUUCUGGUUUUGCCUCACUCGACAAUUUCCCGUUUCUCGACCCCGCCUCUGUGUCAUGUUUUUGAUCUGUUUGCCUGCUUGUUUUCAAAUAAACACACUU